AUGGAGUUUGGCUCUCAUACUUUCAUCCUCUUUUAUUCCUCGGUGGCACUUGUCACCGACUUUGGCGUGCCUGCUAAAGAGACGGACUGGGAUGAUGUCCUCGUGACAACGGUUGGCAGAAAAAUCACAUUGGACUGUGUAGACGAGACAGUGAAGGGUGCCGUGGCGAUCAACUGGAUGACGAAGUCAGUUGGUAAGGACGAAUGGAAACUGGUACUCUUGACCAACGACAAGCGAGAGUUCUCAGGCAGUGCCUCAAAGGAGUCCAUGAGAUUGAAAGACACCAACUAGGACACCGGGGUCUAUUCCCUCAUCUUUCUUCCGACAGUGGAGGAUCGUGGCCUCUACUCCUGUUUGAUUAAGCAGCAAGAGAGGAAACUGAAGGAGAAGAUCAUACUGUUGCUGUGCUUACAGGUAUCCGUGGCCCCCAGAGAGCCCGUUCCACAGGACAGCAUCCUGCGGUUGGUCGCUGAGGUCACCCCUCCAUUUGCCGCCAACAGGAUCACCUGGAGGGCGCCUGGCGGCCUUCCCAUGAGGUCAGAGAAAAUUGAGAAAAUGCAGAUAGCCAAACUACCACGGGCUCGGAUCUCAGACAGCGGGGCCUAUGUCUGUCUGGUGCACCCCAGAGGCAACAGCAGCAAAGCCUUCUUUGCCUUCAACAUCGAUGUCACGAUGGAUGCUGCCAAGGUGGCCUCGUUCACCAACAUAACACAUGGUCCUCAGACCUCCUUCGCCACUGUGGCUCAGACCCCAUUCUGCCUAAACUGUCCUGCUGUCCAGGGGGACUACAUCAUGCUCUACUGGCAGUCUCAGGAAAGCACAAAGCCCAGCGCCAUGAAGUUGGUGUACACUUAUGACCGCUGGAGGGACACCAGCAAGCUGUCUAAACAGAACGUGCAACUGGAGCUCGCAGGCCCACCUUACAACCCCCGGGCCGGGAGCUUCUCCUUCCUCCUCACCCCUGGACUCAAAGAUGGAGGUCUUUACACCUGCAAGGUUUACCUCAACGACAAUGUCUUCAGCCAGAGAACCCUGCUCAAUGUGCUGAGAGUUAAAGCGAAUCCCUCCCCCUCUGGGCUGGAGCUGCUGUGCCAGUACUCGCAGAAUUCCCAGGUCCGCCGCGCUGGCUGGACCCACCAGGACCCGAGUCGCAGGCUGAACGCCUCCAGCUCCAGGCCCGGGUUAAUUACCGUCGCUCUCCCCUUACCCAUCAGCCCCGCCGCAGCCGGCAACUACACCUGCACGCUGCAGCUGAAGAACGGACAGACCGUCUCGGCUGUGCACACCGUUACACUGCCCCGUAAAGAGGGCGCCAGUGUCGCCGCCUCCUCCCCGCUCCCCUCCCUCUCCGCUUUACUGCUCCUGGUGCCCCUGGCUGCCGCCGCCGCCGCCGGUGUGUUGCUAUGGAGACGGGGACACAUUUCUCAACGCAGUAUCGAGCAGUCCCUCUCUCACCACUCGGGCGAGGCAGAAAACAUCUACGAAAACCCAGAGGACAUCAGACAGACCUCUCCCCAGGGUUCAGUCUACAUGGAUUUGAAGCCAAGAGGAGAGGAGGAUGUUUAUAAGGAAUUGGAUCGAUACGAGCGGUGUCAGGACUGA